GAUUCACCCCCAACAACAACAUUUCGACAUGUUUCAUUAGCUAAUAUUGCUACAGCAUUUUUAAGUGAACGAAAAACAUCAAGACGUCAUAGUAGUGGUUAUCGAAAAAAACGAUUAACAUCUAAAGAUAAAAGUACAUCAAAUUCAAAACAUCAAUCAAAUUAUUCCAAUACAACUAAUAAUGUCAUAGGACAACGAUUAUUAACACAAAAUACGGAAGAUGGAUUAGCAACAGUGUUUAUGGUUAAUUUUAGUACAACAAGUACUAAUAAUAAACAUCGAACAAAUCUGGUAAUAAAAAUCAUAAUUUUUAUUGAUUUAUAG